CCUGCAUUGACAAGAUCAAAUAAUAUGGAAAACAAAGCAAGCAAACUGAACUUUGCAGGCCUACUUUCUGCUGCUGCUGAGGAGCUGAAAGAUGCGAUCAUUGAUGGGGAACAAGUAUUUGCCCCUCCAAUUAGCGUCCAGGGCGCUGAGAAGGACACUCGCGACCUGUCUGCUGAUCUCGACCUAGUGCCUCCUGCUGCUGCUGGAAAGAACGAAAGGGGUGCUGCAAUCGAGGCUAGCAGCCGCUGCCACUGCGACACCGUGAUCCCUGAGUGAAGAUUGAAGAAAGCAGUGGGAACAUCAGAUUGAGCUUGAGCCUGUUCCCUCAAGUUGGCUUCAUACUCGACUAGUGUGUCAAGAAGAUCCUUCACCCAGACCGGUUUCCCUUUUGCUCAAACGGCUGCAGAGAACUAGUUAAACUCGAGUCCAAGACCAUGAAGACAAAAAAGAAAUAAACAACAAGAUCCAAGUCAGAGACAAGAGGGUCAAUCAAAGCAAGCUCGGCUGCCAAGAGCUUCAUCUCGUGGAUAUAGGAGGUUACAUCACGGUUACCCUUAUUGGUUCGAGCCAAUCUGUCCUUAAGAUUGACAAUACGAGACUGGCAAUGAAACCAAGGUGGUCCAGACCCAUUAGCAACGUAUCGAUCUGAGAAGCACAAGAAGGAAGGUUGUUUGGUGUCAGCUUCAAAGGGCAGCUGGGUUGCUGGAUUGAAGGUAAUCAAUGAAUCUUCUGUCGACGAAGAACCAUCGUCACCAGAAACAUUGGAGCCUGAACUCAUGAUUUCAGGUGGUCAGACUCUAGCUGUAUGUGACUAGCUCCGAUACCAUUUUUUGUAUUAGAUUUGAACGUACAUUACUACACUCCAUUGAUACAGUAAUAUGAAUUUAUACAUCUUUAUACAGGAAUUAUAGCUAGACAAAAAUACUGAAACGCAGCUGGUAUACGAGAAGAUAAGUACAUAAAUACAGACAUAAAAG